AUGAGUGAGGUGAAGGAAGAUGGGGGCUUCGGCGCUCACAUGGGGGGUGUGCAGAAUAGGAAUGAUAGCUCACAAACAGAAAUUCACCCUCCCAAAAAUGCUCAGCCGCACUUCCGGAACAAUCAAGUAUCUGGACCACUAGAGGUUGCCCAAAAGCUUCGUGAAUUAUGCUAUCAGUGGCUGAUGCCAGAGACCAACUCAAAAAGUCAGAUGGUAGAAUCUCUGGUGCUAGAGCAGUUCCUGAACAUUUUGCCCGGGGCAAUAAAGAACUGGGUGCGAAAGCAUCGUCCAGAGGAUGUCAAACAGGCCAUGUCUCUUGUUGGAUUCUUGCAGACAGAGCCUGAUGCCGUGCCCAACGAGGUCUUGUUGACAUUUGAAGAUAUAGAAAUGCAGUGUUGUGAGGAGGAGCGGGGUUUACUGGGUCCUUCUCAGAAGACAUGCUACAGUGAUGUCACGCUGAACAUCUGCAAUAUAGCCACCUCUCUAGGGACAGGGUUAAAGCCAGAAGAUGACAUGGGAAAUGAUGAGUCCAAAUCUGCCUCUAUAUCAGAAAUAGAAGCAAGAUCAUCAUCAAAAGUAUCAAAAACCAGGAAGAAAACUACCCAGAAAAAAACCAGCAGGGAAGGCCAUGUAGAUACACUCGGGGUACAGGAAGGUGGUCAGGCUCUUCUGGGGAAGAAAGACAUGGCAGGGUCAGUUAGUAAACCACAGCAUCGAAAACCUUAUAAAUGUCAGGAGUGUGGGAAAGCCUUCAGAGUCCCUUCUGAGCUUGCUAGACACCAAAGAGUUCAUACCAAAGAGAAGCCUUUUUCAUGCCAGUAUUGUAACCAUUCCUUCAGGUGGAGUUCAGAUUUUAAAAAACAUUGCCUGGCACACCAAGGGAUAAAACUGUAUAAGUGCUCCUGGUGCCAGAAAAGCUUUGUUCAUAGCACAAACUUACGUACACACAUAGUAAUUCAUACAGGAGUGAAACCCUUUAAGUGUCUGGAAUGUGAGAAAGCUUUUGCUCAGAAAUGUCACCUCAUUAAACACCAGGUAGUCCACACUGGUGAGCAACCCUAUACCUGUAGCCUGUGUGAGAGAAAGUUUAACAGAAGGUCCAGCCUUCUCAGACACGAGAAGAAACGUUGUCCAGUAGCAAAGACGAUGGCUGAAGUAAAUCAGAACAGUGAAGUGACAAACUGUAGAGAAGACAAUUAG